AUGCCUGGAGAGGGCCCAGGAGAGCCCACAGGGCCAUAUGUUCCUCCAUUACUCGAAGACGAUGGCCGUCUCGUCAAUCCCGAAGCUUCCGAAGAUCUACCACCGCCCGAUGUCGAAGCAGGAACAGACGACACAGGUCCACUCCCAGUCUGGCUGCAGGAGUCGUCCAAGUCGUUUCGCUGGGGAUGGGUGCCGCUGCCGAUCAGAAAGGUCGGUCGCGCCACCGCCAAUUGGGUGAAAGGUCCCGAUCCGCCGCAUAUGCUGCUUUUGACGCCGUUGUUUCCCCGCGUUCAGGAACUGCCGGUCCAAUAUCUAGACCGUUGGUUGCCCAAGCGCAAGCACAAGACGGCUCUUCUUUUGGUGCUCUACGCAUCAUGGUUUCUUCCUUGGUUCUUGAUUCUGCUGCAUUCGCGCUCUUCUGGCUAUAUUGAAGGGUACGGUCGGCCUCAGACCUUAUCGUGCUCUACGAACUUUUGGUAUGUGACAGGCAAUCCCAAUUCCCCACCAGGCCCACUGACGUAUUUGCGACUUGCCAGGGAGUUCGACAAUGGGUGCGGGAUGAAUGGAAAUGACUGUCGGCCAUUUUCGUCUUCAAGUAUUCCAUUCCGGUGUCCCGCGAAUUGCCGCGAUACCAUACUAUUGGAGCCUCACAUAGUGGGGAAUCAUUCAUACAACUACCAAAGCCUAGUGAUCGGAGGCCCUCAACCUGAAUCCUCCGAACUGGCGCUCUAUCGUGCUGAUAGCUUUGUCUGCCAGGCAGCGAUCCAUGCCGGUACCAUCUCAAAUGAUGGCGGCUGCGGCGUUGUCAAGCUCGAGGGCGCGGCGCACUCGUUCCCCUCGGUCAAGCAACAUGGGAUUCAAUCCGCAGGAUUCCCAUCCACUUUCCCCAAGGCUUUCAGCUUCCUUCAGCUAUCAUCGCCACAGGCAAGCUGUCCUUCGGACCCGCGCUGGACGCUCCUUGGAAUCACUGCCGCUGCUGUUGGCGUCCUAUGGCUCUUCUGCACUUCUCCGCCUGUCCUCUUCUUCAGUUCAUUCUUCAUGGUUUUCUGUCACACGGGACUCGUGGGUGAUCCUCCUUCCGACCCUUUCCUCGCCGAACUUGUUUCUAGCCUCCUGUCUCGGCUUCUACCAGCAUCAUUCGUUGUCUACGUUCUCUACAAGUUCUGCGCCGCGCCACUGCUCCGGCCAAUCAGUUCACCGAUCUAUCAACUUUCGAAGAUGUUUCUGUUCUUGCCUCCACUUUUCAUCGGAGCCCUGAACAACUACACAUUUGCUCGUUUGAUUCCCUUGAAGCGUCUCACCCCCAUGGAUAUCCAAAAGCAGCCCGGGGCAAAGCUAGCUCUGGCGUUUGUCAUCCCUAUUGUGCUCUCAAUCAUCUUGACCCAGGCAUGGCAGAUUCGCCAGGGAGGAUUGCUUCCUCGCUAUCUGAAGAUCUACGGCACCAUGGGACUGAUCAUCCUCAUCUUGCUUCCUCUGCCCGGACUUCGACUGCGCAUUCACCAUUACAUCCUUGCGAUUUUGCUCAUGCCGGGCACCGCUUUCCCAACUCGCCCUUCGCUUGUAUACCAGGGUCUGCUACUCGGUCUAUUCAUCAACGGUGUUGCCCGAUGGGGAUUUGCCUCAAUCAUUGAGACCCCUGCAGCCCUCGGAGAGCAAGUGCCCAACGGAGAUGGAAUAAGCGGAUGGUGGGGCGCAACUUACCCCAACGUCACAAGCUCCUCUGUCAAGAUUUCUUUGCCAGAGUCAGAGGACACUUACCGUGGCAAUGGCAACAUCACCUUCGCUUUGUGGGAACAUGAGCGCAUGUCAAAGCUUGCGGUAGAUGGAAUCUCGGUCCUUUUGAAUGACGUCGAGCGCUGGCGUGGUUACCUUGAUGAAGACACGGCAGGCGAAUUCACCUGGCACCGCCAUGGGCAUGAUGGCCUAGAGUUACAGACCAACCAUCGUCUAGUUACUCGUGAUCUGGACACCGUCGAGGAAUCUCAAUCACGACUGCUGGGCGACGACAGCUCCGAUGCCAAACCUGAUGAUCUAUUCUUCCGCUUCGCAUUCUUGAGAGGUGCCGAAGCUGGGACAUAUGGACCAACGGGCGUCUGGCUCAGUGAUGGCACUUGUGUGACCAAUGCCGGGCUCGCAAGAUCCGAUGCGACAAGCGCACGCCAUGCUCAAACUGUCGGAGCUCUAGCAUCGCAUGUCGAUCUACCGACAGCCAAAAGCCCGCAGAGCCUCGGCGGCGAGUUCUCAUUUCCAACCAAUAGUAAGCGUAGCAGGGCACUGGCCAUUGACAUCAUUAACUCGGUCGCAGAGCUGGCAAGGAACACAUCUGCUUCAAAACCAGUAUCGCAGUUCACUCCACAGUUUGUUCCUUCGCCUCAAAAUUCGACCCAAUCUCAGGCUUCAUCAAAGCAGAGCACAGCAAAGCCAAAGGGACCGGUUUAUAAGACGAAUCCAGCCAUUGAACAGCAUGAUUCGAGCUCUGGGUUCGAGGGAAGCUCGUCCCUCAGCGCCCAUGGAGCCUACGCAAGUGCAUUUCUGGAAUCAGCCGUCUCCAAAAGUUCGCCUCAAGUGCUGUCCAGCCCGAAGAUCAAUGCGGCUCUAUCCUCGCUCAAGCAAAUUGUUGGGAUGCAGAAUCAACGGCGAGAAGCUGACCUGCCGGGAUCUCGAAUGCCUAGCAAGACAACACGAAUAGGAACCAAGUGUGACAUCCGUCAUCUUGAAAUGCCGCCUUUGGAAAUGGUUUUGAGAGUCCUCAGACAUGUCAAAGAGUACCCAUCUUCCUGCUUUGGCGGCUACAUGCCGUUUCUCAAGGUGGAACACUUCAUCGAGAAUUGCCGUGAAGUGUACUUCUGCGCGGAGGAAUAUUCCGAUGCGGCAUUCAUUGUCACCAACUUUUGCCUUUACAGCGUAUUUUUUGAACUUGGGAUAACAAAAACAGCCGGUUCCCUCGGCGAGGAAUGCCAGGAGUACAUCGACACCUGCCGCAAUAACCUCGAAGCUGCGCUCGCCAACCUCAAUAUCUUGAUGCCUGCAACCCAGGAAUCAAUCAUGGCAUUGGCUGUGGGGGCCAUGCAUGCGCUCGAGAUCUCCAAGCCAUCAGUGGCUUGGAGCCUAGCUUCCACGGGCAUGCAUCUGUGUCAGACGUUGGGGUACCAUCGCCUGAGCUCCAUGGAGCAUGAUUCGGUACCAGUUCAGCGCCAAAAGCAACUUGUCUUUUGGACGGUCUACACCAUCCUGAACAUGAUGUCGCUCCGUUUGGGCCGUGCCUGUCCCAUCCAAAACUACGAUAUCAGCCUACCGAUGCCAGUUGCGGAAAACCUUGAUGUGCUUGAGCCAUGGGCCCCUGUUUGCGUACUUUGGACGAGAUCGGCUAUCAUCCAGAGCAAAAUCUACCAGUACUUGUAUAGCCCGGAAGCAUUGCAACAGCCAGAGAGCCACCGAGUUACGCACGCGCAAAAACUGGCAGCUGAGAUGAAAUCGAGCAUCAUGGAACCAUUUGAGGCCUACAUGGCAUCAACUCCAAAUCUCCCGGAGCUAGACAUUGUGUACCUUACCACAGACAAGGUCAGCAGGCUCUCAAUUCUCACCUUGAUAUACCGAGCCAUUCCUGCUUCGCCGGCAUCUGGCUCUACCGCCACUUUCAUACCCGAGUGUAUUGAAACAGCCCGUGAAGCCUUGGAAGCCCAUCGACAAUGCGGCGCUUUCCUGAAUGAAACAGAUGACUUCAUGAAAGCCUCCUACAUGCACUGGGCCGUCCUUCUCUCCCCCUUCGUCCCCUUCAUCGUGAUCUUCUGCAAUGUAAUCACCACUUCCAACCAAGAAGAUCUCGCCCGACUCGAUGAAUUUGUUACCUCCCUCGUGCCCCUUCGCUCAUUCUCUCAAUCUAUUGAUCGCCUCCACACCCUCUGCUCUGUGCUCGCCACCGUCGCGCGUCUGUACUUCGAGGCCAAUACCCGGCCCCAGACUGACGCCGCUGAUAAUUUCAUCCAGGUCGGCCAGGAGUUUGAUACUUACCUAGGUGCGCUGGGAUUACCGAACAACUUCACGGGUAAUACUCAAAUGGGGUCAGGGUACCUCCAGCCGGAUGCCCCUGUGCAUGUUAGCUCGGAGCCAGCGUCUAUGCUGGGAUUCCCGGCCGAGUCGCAGGAUCCGGGAGCUGCGCAGUUAGGGAAUUGGUUUUGGGGAAAUCAGUAUAUGAUGGGUCUGCUGGAGGAGGAUAUCUCCCAAUUCAACGCUGGUUGGCCGUAG